UCUCAAGGACAGUGACCACAGUGAACCAGAACCAAGUGACCACCAGCUCCUCUCCCACAGCUCAGCUCAGAGCCAAGAUCUCAGCGGAGGCCAGCAUGGAAACUCAAAAUCAGUUAGUAAUGCAGAGCCGGCAUCAGAAAAGGGACAUCAUGUCAUCACAAGAGCAAAAGGGAGCACAAGUCCCAGUAACCUUGCAUGUAGCACUACCAUGUCAAAGAUUGUGCCGAAUAUCUGCAAGAGUAAAAAGGUUCUCCAGUGUGACACUUGUGGAAAAGUCUUUAAGUGGAAGUCAUUAUUAAAUGGACAUCUGAAGGUGCACACAGGUGAAAAAUCAUAUCUUUGCAAAACCUGUGGAAAAAGAUUUGGGUACAAGUCAGCACUAAAAACACAUUUGAGAGUCCACACAGGGGAGAAACUGUAUUCUUGCGAAAGGUGUGAAAAAAGUUUCACAUUAAGCAAAAAUUUGAAGAUCCACGAGAGAACACACACGGGCGAGAGACCUUUUUCUUGCAAAACUUGUGGGAAAAGUUUUAGCCAGAGAGCUAGCCUGCAGGGACACGAGAGAACGCACACGGGUGAGAGACUUUUUUCUUGCAAAACUUGUGGGAGAAGUUUUAGUGCGAAACAAACCCUGCAGGUCCACGAGAGAACACACACGAGUGAGAGACCUUUUUCUUGCAAAACUUGUGGGAAAAGUUUUAGUGCGAAACAAACCCUGCAGGAUCACGAGAGAACGCACACGGGCGAGAAGCCUUUUUCUUGCAAAACUUGUUGGGCAAGAUUUAACAGUAGAAGUAACGUGCAGGUCCACCAGAGAACACACACGGGCGAGAAGCCUUUUUCUUGCAAAACGUGUGGGAAAAGUUUUAGUGCGAGACAAACCCUGCAGGAUCACGAGAGAACGCACACGGGCGAGAAGCCUUUUUCUUGCAAAACUUGUGGGAAAAGUUUUAGCUUGAGAAAUAACCUGCAGAGACACGAGAGAACGCACACAGGCGAGAAACCUUUUUCUUGCAAAACUUGUGGGAGAAGUUUUAGAGACAGAAAUACCCUGCAGGUCCACGAGAGAACGCACACGGGGGAGAAACCUUUUUCUUGCAAAACUUGUGGGGGAAGUUUUAGCCUGAGAAACACCCUGCAGGAUCACGAGAGAAUGCACACGGGCGAGAAACCUUUUUCUUGCAAAACUUGUGGGAGAAGUUUUAGCCUGAGAAAUAACCUGAAGAGACACGAGAGAACGCACACGGGCGAGAAACCUUUUUCUUGCAAAACUUGUGGGAGAAGUUUUAGCCUGAGAAAUACCCUAAAGGUCCACGAGAGAAUGCACACGGGGGAGAGACGUUUUUCUUGCAAAACUUGUGGGAGAAGUUUUACAACUAAAAUUAACCUGCAGGUCCACGAGAGAACACACACGGGCGAGAAGCCUUUUUCUUGCAAAACUUGUGGGAGAAGUUUUAGCCAGAGAUCUACCCUGAAGGGACAUGAGAGAACGCACACGGGCGAGAAAGCUUUUUCUUGCAAAAGUUGUGGGAAAGGUUUUAGACGUGGAUGUAGCUUGAAAGUCCACAUGAGAAGCCAUAAAGGUGAGGAGUCGUAUCCCUGUACAACUUGUGGGGAAGGAUUUGGUAUCAAAUCUCUUCUAACCAAACAUUUGAUGACCCACACAGGUGAGAAACCAUAUCUUUGCAAAACCUGUGGAAUGAGAUUUGGUUACAAGUCAGCACUAGAAACACAUGUGAGACUCCACACAGGGGAAAACCUGCAUUCUUGCGAAAGGUGUGAAAAAAGUUUCACAACUAGCACAAAAUUGAAGAGACACGAGACAACGCACACGGGCGAGAGACCUUAUACUUGCAAAACUUGUGGGAGAAGUUUUAUUCUGAGUAAUCACCUGAAGAGACACGAGAGAACGCACACGGGCGAGAAACCUUUUUCUUGCAAAACUUGUGGGAGAAGUUUUAGCCUGAGAAAUAACCUGCGGGAUCACGAGAGAACGCACACGGGAGAGAAGCCUUUUUCUUGCAAAACUUGUGGGAGAAGUUUUAGCCUGAGGAAAACCCUAAAGGUCCACGAGAGAACGCAUACGGGGGAGAGACGUUUUUCUUGCAAAACUUGUGGGAGAAGUUUUACAACUAAAAUGAACCUGCAGGUCCACGAGAGAACACACACGGGCGAGAAGCCUUUUUCUUGCAAAUCUUGUGGGAGAAGUUUUAGCCAGAGAUCUACCCUGAAGGGACAUGAGAGAACGCACACCGGCGAGAAAGCUUUUUCUUGCCAAACUUGUGGGAAAAGUUUUACACGUGGAUAUAGGUUGAAAGUUCACAUGAGAAGCCAUAAAGGUGAGGAGUCGUAUCCCUGUACAACUUGUGGGGAAGGAUUUGGUAUCAAAUCUCUUCUAACCAAACAUUUGAUGACCCACACAUAGCAAAACUGAUAUUUUUGUAAAAUGUUGUAAAGAUCUCUCACUUGCCAGUUUAUACAAAGUCCACAGGAGAAUAGAUCCAGUUGAGAAGCCACACCAUGGCAACAGGAGAGGUAUAAGAUUUGCUCAAGCAUUGUCAAAGAAGUUGUUACUUAGAUAUUUAUUCAUUAAUUAGUGAUACAACAGUUAGGGAAAACGACACUGAAAAUGUUUCCAGGAGACCAAACAAGAGAUGAACCUUGUUGUAGUUCAAUGCUUUAUGAAGUUCCAUCACCACUGAUGAGGAGCAGACUUCAAUAACUUCACAAAGCAUUGAACUACAGCCAGGUUCAUCACUUACAUCUACACAAGAGAGAUUGUGUACAUUUACAUUAGCUGCAUCUCUGUAACUGAAUGUGGAAAAUAUCCCAUUGAGGAGACAUCACAAUAUCAUUGAUGCAGUACAUGGUCAACAACAUUUGCUGAAGUACCCACGUUUCUGUUCUUCAUGUGACUGUCAUUGAUAUUUACAUCUGCAAAGGAAGUGAUGUUUUCACCCAUGUAUCUUUGUUUAUUAAUUUAUCAGCCAUUUAAACCAGAUGGUGCAGGAAGGGGACGGGGGUGAGAGAAAUUGAUUGGGUAAAGUAGCAGAUCCAGGAUAUUUUAUUAUCAGUGAAUGUUGAGAGAUGUUGUCAAUGUGUCAGGAAAGACUGUGGAUCAAGAUGUAAAAAUCUGACAUAUUUGUGGUACAGAAAUUUAUAAGAACAAAGUAUGUGGUGCAGAAUAUCAGAUGACUUCCCUUUUCUUUUUCCUAUUACAAAAGAAGAAAAUAUGUUGUUAAUGUGUACACUGUCCUAAAUGACUCACUGUAAAUGGUUAUUCUUUUGUACUACGUGUAUUCAAUACUUCAGUGCACUUGCAGUUUAUUAAAGUUUCUUGAAUUUUUGUGUAUGUAGUUUACGUCUGUCACACGUUGGAUCGGUUUGUCUUUGUGGAAGAAAAUUCCCCUGACUAGGUGUCUCCCUGCUAUGACCUUGAUAAACAGGAUGGAACCCUUAUUUGGUGAUGUUUUUCUUCCAACUGGUACCGUGGACGGACGGACACAGCAGAUAACACACAGAGGAUGAUCUCCUGUCUUUCAAUUAUUUAUUUUUUUCAUAUCCUUUCUCAUGAAAUGCGUCUUUGUAUAAGUUCGGGCUUUUGAGAACUUGCAGCCAGUUGUUCCAUUUUGAGCACCCGUGCUUGUUGUAUAAACUCUGCAGAGCUUAUUAUUAUAAAAUUAUCGAAAGCAA